UCCUCCUGCAUUCUCUCCUCGUCUCCACCCAGAGCAGGUGACUCCUCCACAAUGUCCUCUGUGUACUCCAGCCGCUCCAUCAGCUACUCCGGUGGGAACCGCCUGGGCUCCAUGAGAGCCCCGAGUGUCUACGGCGGUGCCGGGGGUGCUGGAGUUCGCAUCUCCAGCAUAGGUGCCCCCCGGAGCUACUCCUCCGCUGGUGGGGCAGGAUUCUCCUCCGCUGCCGGUGGAGGAUUCUCCUCGGCUGCCGGUGGAGGAUUCUCCUCCGCUGCCGGUGGAGGCUUCAACCUGGCUGACGCCAUCGACAUCUCCGACAACAAGAAGAUGGCCAUGCAGAACCUGAACGACCGCCUGGCGUCCUACCUGGAGAAGGUCCGCAAGCUGGAGGCCGCCAACGCCGAGCUGGAGCUGAAGAUCAGGCAGUUCCUAGAGGGCAAGGCCAAACCUGAGGGCCGAGACUACUCUGCACACACAGCCAUUAUCCAGGACCUGCAAGACCAGAUCCUGGACGCCACCCGCACAAAUGGAUCUCUGUACCUCGCCAUCGACAAUGCCAGACUGGCCUCAGAUGACUUCAGGGUCAAGUACGAGAGCGAGCUGGGCAUGCGUCAGGGCGUUGAGGCCGACAUCAUCGGGCUGAAGAAGGUCCUGGACGAUUUGACACUGAGCAGGUCCGACCUUGAGAUGCAGAUCGAGGCCCUGAGGGAGGAGCUCAUCAUGCUCAAGAAGAACCACGAGGAGGACCUCCUGGCUCUACGGUCCCAGAUGAGCGGUCAGGUGAACGUGGAGGUGGACGCCGCCCCUCAGCAGGACCUGUCCGCCGUCAUGGCUGAAAUCAGAGAACACUACGAGAGCGUUGCCACCAAGAACCGCAGAGAACUGGAGAACUGGUUCCAGGCUAAGACAGAAGAAAUCAACAAGGACGUGGCGGUGAGCACCGAGACUCUGCAGUCGUCUCGCUCCGAGGUCACAGAGGUCAAACGCUCGCUGCAGAGUCUGGAGAUCGAGCUCCAGUCCCAGCUCAGCAUGAAAGCGUCUCUGGAAGGAACUCUGGCUGACACUCAGAACCGCUACGCCGCCAUGCUGGUGGGUUACCAGAACCAGGUGACGUCCCUGGAGGGGCAGCUGAUGCAGCUGAAGGCUGACCUGGAGCGUCAGAGACACGAGUACCAGAUGCUGCUGGACAUGAAGACCAGGCUGGAGAUGGAGAUUGCCGAGUACAGGAGGCUGCUGGACGGAGAGCUGGGAGGCUCGUCCUCGUCCUCUUCCAAAACCACCACCACCACCACCAGGAAAGUGGUGGUCGUCACCAAGGAGGUCACCGAUGACGGAGAGGUCACCACCAACACUAAGGAGAUCCACUGAGACCUGCCGACGUGUCAGCGUCUGUCCUCACCAAUAAAACUCUGCUGAGGAA